GACAGGAGGGCGUUUGGCGCACCUGCACCUCGCGCGCUCUGUGGUCCGCAUUCUGGAGGCAUCACUGUCCAGGCGACCUGCGCCUCACGUCCUGUGUCAGGACGGCUGGAUGGCACGCGUCCGCCUCAGGCCCCCUGGUUCGAGCUGCCAGAGCCCGGGUGAGGGAGAAGGGCCGUGGCUGGCUGGGGACGUGGCUGCGGGGCAGUGCCCCAGGUGUGUGCCUCCGCCCAGGCGGGGCGCUCACGCAGGUGCGGGCCCUGGCACCUGGCCCUGGUCCCCCAGGCUUCCAAGAGGCGGCCUGGAGGAGGAGCCUGCCCUGUCGACUCGACUCUGCUGCUGGGGUUUCUCUGGCAACAUCGGGGCGGGCCUCCCUCCCAGCCCUCGCCCAACCUCCCAUAGACCUGGAGGCCUGGGCAUUCAGGUCCCUCCCUGCUCUCUGCUGCUGGCCUGGGGGCCUUGGCUGCUGCCUGGCACCCUCCCACAGUCAGGGAGGCCUGGAGGUGGCGAGCUGGGAAGACUGGCUCCGUCCACCUGCGACUGAGAAUGAGGUCAUGUCUGCCCUGAGGUGGCCCCAGCCCUCCCAGGAGGUAGGCGCCCUGCGGGGACCUCCCCAAGGGGCCUGGUCUGACUACCUCGAGGAGCCCGGCCCCCCAAGGAACGCCUGCAGCCAUCCGGUGUGGUCAGCGGACGAGGAGCCCAAGGAUGGGGACAGCUCAGUGUCAUCGGGCCGCCUCUCUGGCUCCUCGGGAGGCCACGAGUCAGGCACAUUUCCCCGUGGGCCCUGGAAGGAGAGGACCCCCCAGGUGCUGGGGCCCUCACGGCGGCCCAGGGAGAGCAGUCCACGGCUGGAGCAGCUGAGGGGCAAGAUCCGGGCGCAGGCGAGGCGGCAGGCCAGCUGCGCCUCCCUGGGCACCUCAACACCCUCCAGUGCCUCGCACCUCUACAAAACCCCCACGCCAGCCGCCCGGAGGAAAGCCCGAAAGCCAGCCAAGCCCCCUCCAGCCCUGGCAUUCCCAGGCUCAGGCAUCCAGAGUGAGUCCGAAAGUGGAGUCGAAGACAAGGCAACCCCCAGCCAGGGGCGUGAGCACUCCAGGGUCUCUCGGCGCCAGCCCUCAGUUCCAUGGGAAAACCCGAAAAGCAGGAAAAGUCGUUCUUGCAAAAGCGAGAAGGCCCCCAAGCCGCCUCCCCCGAGGAGAACUGCCAAAGACACAGAUUCUGAGUUGGUUGGUGUUUACGCCUGGAGAAAAGGACGAGCACUGGUGAGGGCGUUGCUUGGGCCCCCGCCGGUCCUCCCCAGGCUCCAGAGCAAGGCGCCCUCGAGACACCGGCCCCCCGCCGCACAAUUAGGCAGGGCACAGCCACUGGGCUUUCCCGACUUUCGCAGGACAGGGGCCCCAGCUGCUCCCAGCAGAGGACACAGCAAGAAGGCCGCAGCCGGGGAGAGCUCCCCGGUCCAACCCCAGGUGCCCAGCCCGGCCUCUGUCUGCAGUGACCCGCAGGUGUCUGCCACCGCGCCCCCCGCGGCUUCCUGUGAUCAGUCCGUGAACAUCCAGGCUGCCAUGGCCAUCCUGCGAGACCUCCGCCAGCAAAUCCAGGUGGGGCUGGAGCUGGCCCGGGACCGCCACCCUCGGCGAGGGCUGGAGCUGCGGGACCUGGCGGGAAGGAGGCGGCCGGGCCCCCGGAGUCCCCCGGAUGUGCGAGGCGCCUUCUGGAAGAGCCCCCGGACCACGACGGAGGGGGUGGCUGCCUCCUCAGAGAGGGCUGGCAGCCUCCCCACGGCCCCGCGGUGGAGCUCCUCGGCCAGGCGGGACAUCUGUCCGCAGAGGGCCUGGGUGGCCCAAGGACUGGACCCCUCCCCGCAGAAGCCCGGGAGCCCCCCUGAAAGGCUGAGCUCCUUCCCUCAGCGGCCCUGGAGCGCCUCACCCAGGCAGGCCUCCAGUCCGCAGAGGACGUGGGCGGCCCCAGGACUGGACCCCUCCUUGCAGAGGCCCGGGAGCCCCCCUGAAAGACUCGGCCCCUUCCUGCAGCGGCCCUGGAGCGCCUCGGCCGGGCAGGCCUCCGGUCCGCAGAGGGCUUGGACUGCUUGCCAAGACGGGGAGGGCCCUGCCCGAAGGCCAUGGAGCCCUCCCUGCUGGCGGCCCCAGAGUGCCUCCUUCCUGCAGGGGCCCAGCCCCCUGUGCAGGGACAGAGGUUCCCUGCUGUCUGCCUCGGGCACCGAGCUCGCCUGGCUGAGGCCCAGCCGGGGUGCCCUUCGGAGUGAGCCGCGGCGGCCGCCACCCUGCCCGAAGCCCCGGGGACCCCUGGGCCCCCCGUGCAGCCCUGAGUCCCUGCGCCAGAGGACGGUGGGCUGGCGGCGGGAGGCCCUGGAGAAGAAGGCCUCGGCCGAGCGCUCACAGGAGCCGAGGAAGCAGCAGCGGCGGCAGGACAUGUACCGGAAGCAGAAGGAGGCUGUCCUGAGCAAAGCCAUCCCCGUGGUCUCCCAGACGACCCCCGGCAUCGUGACCUUUGUCCCGCAUUCGGCACAGUCCAGGGGCCUGGAAGCCCCGGGGAGCCCGGGCGCACCCGUGCUGGAGUGGAGCAAGGUGACUUCUGGCAUGGUGCUGGGGGACCAGGAGGCCCCAGGCAGCUUCUGCCUGUGUUUGAACAGAGCCUUGAGCCCCGCCAAGAUCCUAGAGACGGGAGGCUCCCAAGACGGCUGGGAGGGUGCCCCCCUGCUGAUGUCUGCCUCCUCCCCGGGCCCCCUGCGGCUCACGGACCUGGCCGCGCACUACCCGCGCCCGGGGCCGUGCAUCUACCUGGACCCCGAGGAGUCGGAGCGCCUGGGCCUGCCGGGCCCCCUGCGCCUCAGCUGCAAGCAGGCCCAGCUGCAGGCCCUGGAGACCACAGCCAACAUCCUGCAGCAGCGGAUCGACACCCUGACCGACAAGCUGCGCGAGUCCGAGGCCACAGACACCCCGGGGGACCCGGGCCUGGACCCGCCGCCCUGGAGCUCCGGCACGCCAGCCUGCCCCGGAGCCUUGGUGCCCACCGUGGCCCGAGGGGCGCCCUGGGACUGGGCGGGCAUGCAGGCCAGGCCUCUGCUCUCCCCCCGCUGCUUCCUGGACGGCGAGACGCUGCCCCGGAGCCCCGACUGGGAGCUGCAGCAGAGCGCGAGCCCCAGGGGCCACCACGCCAGCCAGCCCCGAGGUUUCCUGGAGGACGGACGUUUGGACCUCGGCAAGAGGCUGGCGAGAAACACGGCUUCCUUCCAGGCCCUCGGCCCCUUUCCAGGGAGCUCACUCGGGGCGCCAGCCACACCAGACACCCGCUGUGGCUCCCUGCGGCGGGAGGAGAUGCGGUCGGCCAGAGGGGCCGGCCUGGUCACGCCCUGGACCCCCCGGAGCUGCGAACGGGAAGAAGCCACACUCACAUCUCUCUGCGGGAGAAGCGGGCCCUGCAGGUGCAUGCAGAGCGAACCCCCAGCCCCUGCCCGCCCCCCAGGAGCGGCCCCAGAUAAAACCCAUGCCUCCCUGGGUGCCUGGUGGCGCGCCCAUCUCACAGGUCCGCUGUCCAACAUCCAGCAGAAGUCCCUGAGCUUCCUUGAGUCGCUGAAGCUGGACCAGCAGAAGCAGGAGCGGGAGCUGGCCCUUCUGCGGCAGCAGGCGGAGCUGGAGGUCUGGGAGACGCAGAAGGCCCUGGGGGAGCUGCUCUUCCAACAUCGGCUGGAGCGGCUGAUGGAGAAACACCCCACCCGGGCCAGACCCGGAACAGCCUCAGAGCCAGAGUGGCCGCAGGUGCGUGUGGAUGCAGAGCUGAUGGCCUCUCGGGACACGGUGACAGCCAGACCCAGGUCACACCCGCUCCUGCCCAGCGACGCUGCUGUGCCCUCCCUGAGCCCCCAGGAAGGACGGAAGAGUAGGACGGACGCGUCGGCCAGGGCAGAGCCUGUGCAGGAGGGGAGACCAGACCAGAGCCCCUCCCAGUGGCCGCCGGCUCGGCUCUACCCUUGGGAUAACCCCAACCUCCAGGGGCGCCAGAAGGGGCCCCGGGGCCCGGCCCCCGGAGCCUUCGGCCGCUUCGCGCUCCAGCUGCUCGAGCAGAGCCUGCGGGACGAGGAGCUGCGCGCGCAGCACCGGGCCGCGCUGCUGCGCCUGCGCGAGAAGGCUCUGGAGGAGAAGGCGCGCGCGGAGCUGGCCUGGCUGGAGCAGCGGCGGCGAGGGUGUCUGAGUGGCAACGGCAGCUACACAGCGCUGCUGGCCUUGGCAGGAAGGCAGCACCAGGCCCUGAGCAACCUCGAGCAGGAGCAGAGGGAGAUCCGACGCCUGCGGAAGCAGCACCUGCUCGCGCACCAGGAGAGGAAGCUGCUCCUGCAGCAUCAGAAGGACGCCCUGUCCAUGCAGAGGUCCACCGCCCUCUCGCAGCAGGAGCCUCGGGCCCAGACCGGGCUGCUCCAGAGUUCCAGCCCCGAAGUCAAGGCCGCCCGGCAGGAGGGCUCUGAGACAAGCUGGCAGCCAGAGGGGCCUGCACGGGGCUCCUUGUGCCCCCCGACACCACAGCACAUCAGCCACCGCCCCUCCGGGAGCCCUGAGGGCCCGCAAGUCCCACACCCAUGCACCGAGCAGCGGGAUGGGACAGCCGCCCGGGCAGCUUUGGCCGUGGAUGGUCACCCGCGGCCUCCGAAGCUGGCGUGGGGAGAGGAGGCACCCGCGGCCGGCGACUGGCCUGACGCUGGAGGCCAGCUGGUGGAGAGCCACAGCCAUGUGGGCCAAGAGCCAAGGGAGCAGCCUGGUGUCGCUCUGCCAGCCGUUCAGUGGGCAGCCUCCCCGGACCCCGGACAGCCACCGGGCCCAGCCUUUCCUACGCAGGCGGAUGAGGCGGAGGGGGGCGUCGGUGCAGCUCAGCUCUGCUCCCGGCCAGUGGAGGAGCCGCCCCUGGGAGACCCCCAGACCCACCCCAGCCCCUGGUCAGCAGAGGAGAAGACCCGGGCUCUGCCAGAAAGCGUCCAGGGCCGGAGUCAACAGUCCCCGGGCACAGAGGGUCCCUGCGGCCCCCAGGAAGCCAGUCAGGUGGUUGAAGGCGGCAGGAGCAGAGUGGAUCCUGCCAGCGGCCCCCCGGAGCAGCCCCAUGCGACGGAGUGCUGGUCAGGGGAACAGAGGGUCGAGACCAGUGGGCAGGAGGACCCCGGAGGCCCCUUCUCCUGCCAGGAAGCUGCCCAGCUGCCUGCCUCUCCAGCAGCCGCAGCUGCUGGGUUGGCUGCACCACCCACCCAGCCCGAGGGCAGCCCCCGGGCCCGGCUCCUGGCCCCCUCGGACCUGGGCUCCGAGGCCGAGUCAGCUCCCAGGACCUGCUCGGGGUCCUCGGCUCCGUCCCCCGCCUCCCCUUCUGGGGACAGCCUGUCCUGUCCAUCUCUCCAGGAGUUUCGGAAAGUGUCCGCCAUCCUGGUGCAGCUUUCCGAGAGCUCCGCCUCGCUGUCCGACUGGGAGGCCGGGGACACCCCGACGCCAACUCGCCUGGUCCGGGCCCAUCUCUGCUCCUGACUCCUCGGGGUCCCACCAGGGCAGAGGGCAGGUGACCCGGGAGGGGCUGGAGGGCAGGGUGGGGGGUGGCCCAGAGCUCACAGGCCUCCCGAGGGAGGGGUGGCCGCUGCCUCUCGCCGACACCCCUCUCCGCGGUCGGGGUCGGAGCUGUCAGAGGCAUCCAGCGAGAUCUGGGACCAGGGGAGCCUGUGCGAGCUUGGCACGCGCGCUGGGCCGGCCCCAGGGCCCCGGGCCCCAGGGUGCUCCUCGCCUCCAGGAGGCUCAUUCCGCCUGGAGCCCGGUCUCCACUCAGCUCCCUCCUUGGGCCCUGGGGAGGGGCAGGAAGAUUCUGGAGCCAGGGGGAGCCUGGCCAGGGAAACGAACACAGGAAAAGCCAGAGGGUGGUCCCUGGAGGUGGCCGGCGUGACAUUCCCGUCCCGAACCUCUUCCUCUGGUGACUCACACUUGUCCCUCUCCUGGCCCUUGGGGACCUCGGCCUCCGAAGGGGCAGGUUUGGGCAAAGGAGGAGAGCCUGGGCCUGCGCAGGCCUCAGGGGGCUGCCCUGAGGUGCCCCGGGAGACUCACCCCCACCCGUCCGCUGCUGAGCCUGAGGUCCCCUUGAGCCCACGGGCUCCUCCUGGGGACCCCGGUGGGCUGGCAGCCGAGAGCCGGGCACCUGGGUGUGGGGGGGGCCGAGCCCCCUCUGCCCCGGAGGAAGCCUGGCCUCCCCCGGUGGAGGGCGUCCUGCCUGAGGUCCAGUCCCCAGUGGACGGGAUGCCUACCUACGGCAGCGCCGACCUCCCCUCCUCCACGCACGGGGACCCCCGCCUCCCUCCCCCGCCUCCCAACCUCCCCGCAGAGCAUGAGGCCGAGCCCGCAGGCCCCGACUCAGAAGACUUUCCUUCCCCACCGGAAGCCACCGUGUCCCCCGCGGGCUCACUGGGCGCCCCCGGGGAAGACGCCUCCGUCACCACGGGAGACUUGCCCUCCCUGUCUGAGGAGGGCCUGCCCCAGGCACUGCCCCCGGGGCCCCAGGACUCAGGGCUCCUCCUGGGGGGAGCCAGACAGGGCGGGGGCCUUGGGGACCAAUGGGGUGAAUCAGGUUCUGCUGGGAAGGACUGGGCUGUGGGCGGCCAGGGGUCCCCCUUGUGUGGGGGAGCAGGUGACGCCCCCGAGGGGCUCUCCGCAUGGUCGGCACAGCCCCCAGCCCUGUCCAGAGUGGCCUGUGCGCCUGGGGAGAGCCUGCUUCUGCUCUUGGCAGCCAGAGACCCACGGGCCUCUGGCUCUGGGCACAGGGGCCCCCACGCCGACCUCCUGGGCAUGGGGAGAGCCCAGGUGGUGGACCUGGUCUCCACCCAGCUCACCAGAAGGAUUCUGUGCGACACGCUGGCUGCACUCACGGAGCCGGCCCCACCCAGCGGCCUGGUGAUGGAGGAGCGGGCAGGUGCAGCCGGGGGGCCCAGGCUCACAGCGGCCGCUGGGCAGUCACGGGGAAGACGGGACUUCUGAGAAGGCGGGGAGGGCCUGUGGUGAUGCACGGACGUCUGAGAUGCCGUCGUGGGACUGUGCGUGAGCAUGUGCCCGCGUGAGUGUGCGGGAGGCUUCAGGAGGCCUGUGCUGCUGGGGCCGGGCCUCCCUGCAGAGAAGAGACCUGCAGACGGGCCUCCACCUUGGGGCCGAGGCCUGGACACGGACUCCAAAGUGGCUCUGACUCGGAGACGUGCAGGUGGAAGGAUGCGCGGGUGUGUCCAGAGCUGGCCGCCUGGGAGGGUGAAGGUCACGGACGUGAGGGAGGGCUGGGCAGGGAGCUCCCACGGUGAACUCGGAGCCCACGAGCCGGACAGGGUGCCUGCGCCUCGGCAAAGGCCGAGAGGAAGGGGUUCGUGGAGGCCAGGAGCUGAGGCCGGGGUCCCGUCUGCACUGCCCCAUCCCUCUACUUUGCCUAAAUGGGGAGCCUGGACGUGUUCCCUGGCUUCUGCCUUCCAAAGGCGGAGGGCCUGGGGGCCUCCAAGGCAUCCAGCCGACGCUGCGUGGCUGGGAGAUCGGUGUGGGUGUCCCCUGUGUGCUGAGGUGUGCAGAUCAGGGGAGGUGGCAGCAGGGAAGAAGGUCCCCACUUGGGCCCGUCCUCUGGGGGUGGGUGGCCAGCAGCCCCCUAAACGUGCUCAGGAGGCCUCCCAGACGAAACGAGAGCCCGUUUCCCAGUGGCCAGCCACUGCCAAGGGAGCAGCGAGGGCUACAGUGCUGUCCACAGACCUUGGCGCCUGGGCCCCUGUGCAACGCGCUUCUGUAGGGACGUCCUCCGGCCACAGGCCACCGGCAGACCCCGCCUCUCCCGGAACCAAAGGCAGGCAGGUGUCCAGGGAGUUGAUGUCGAUUCGGGAGGAUUUCCCGCGGGGAGGAAGUCGGGAGAGGCUGAGCCGGGUGUGGGGUGGCUCCGGGGCCAGCUCGGUGCAAGGACCCUUGAGCCCAUAAAGGACGGGCCACCGCAGCACGACCCCCAGCAGCCGCCCCCAAGCCAGGGGUGGACUCUGCAGCGCACCCCUGGCUCAGAGCAGCGCUGCAGGCACAGCCGCCCUCCCGCGAAGCAUCCGCUUGUCCAGACAGCAGCCCCCGUAUCCCUCGGCUCUGUCUUCCCGGGGUGGUCGGGAGGCUGGGUGGGGGUGUGUGUGUGCUGGUUCUAACGUGAGAGCACCUCGGAGCUUGUGCUCAGGGAAUUCACUAGAAACAUUGCAGCGUCUUCUCAACGGACCUGCCUGCACGACCAGCGUGUCCUGGAUGGGGCUGGCUCGUGUCGGUAUCUUUAGUAUUUUUGUCCCGAAUGGCAUUGUCUGUGCACUUGGAGAAGCGGCUUUGAGGUGAGCUCGGUGGUUGGUUCCUGUGUACAGGGAAGCAGCUUUCAAAUCUGCUUCUCACUUGGGACGUUAAGCGGGUUUCUCGAGACGGAGCUCACGCUCAGAGCUUGGAUGGCUCGGUUACUCGCUCUGUCCCACAGCAACCUUCUCCCUGUCAUUUGAGCCGUCUGGUCUGUGUGUCCACCCGUGUUCUAUCUGGUUAUCAGCCACUGAUCACUUCUGUCGCCCACCUGGGUCAGCUAUGUCACCCACCCAGCCAGCCAACCCCGGUUGGAAAAUACCUGCUUGAUGGGGGGGGGUCCAGGAUCGGGGGGGCAGGGUGUUGGCCUAAGGACCUCAGCGGCCCGGGGUUAGCCCCCCAGGACUCAGCUUCGCCGGCUUUGGGAGAGGAACUCAUUCGCUUGACUACAUUUCGGGGUCCCUGGGGUGACCCAGACUUUGGUGCGCUUGUAGUUUUGAGUGGGAAGCGUCCCCAAAGCUGGCCUGGCAAAGCCCCUGUCCACGGCCUCUACCGUGAGCUCAGGGAGACCUCAGAACACUGCAGGGCCCUUGCGUCGAGGCAGGAGCUCCUGCGCCCCAUGUCAGGCUCCAGCCUCUGCGGCGGCCGCUCAGGUCCUGAUGGACCAGCUCAGCGGCCUGGCCCCCAGCACGCCCGGGUCAUCGUGAACGGGGUCACGGUUCAGGGAGGCACAGUGGGGGGCCGAUGUUACGCCCACUCCUUGCAGGCCCACCUUCGAUCGCGGGCCAGUCUGGGGCUGCGGGGGGCAACGUGUGCUCCUUCUCUGUGUGCAGCUUCAAAACACAUUUUGAGCUACUGCUUUCUUAUUGACUUCUUUCUAGUUUUCUGAACAAAUUAGUCUGUAAUUUUUUAUUUUUUUCUAUUUAUGGCUGACCCUUGUGGAUUUACGAGGCCGUGCGAGAGGAAUUAUGUAUCUUACACACACACGUUUGGCACGGCAAUAAAUCUCUCACGUGGAAACCCUGCA